AUGAGAUUGAAGCACCCUGACCUAAGCAAUGGGGAGCCAACCAGGAAACUUCCUCAGGGUGUUGUCUACGGCGUGGUGCGGAGAUCGGAUCCAAAUGAGCAGAAAGAAAUGGUGGUGUAUGGGUGGUCCACCAACCAGCUGAAAGAAGAGAUGAACUACAUCAGAGACAUUGAAUCAUUAAAGAAAAAGGUGCAGCAGAAACAGCUCUUAAUAUUGCAGCUUUUAGAAAAGAUCUCAUUCUUAGAAGGAGAGAAUAAUGAACUACAAAGCAGGUUGGACUAUUUAACAGAAACCCAGGCCAAGCCUGAGGUGGAGACCAGAGAGAUUGGAGUCGGCUGCGAUCUUCUCCCCAGCCCAACAGGUAGGACGCGUGAAAUCUCAAUGCCUUCCAGGAACUAUACCCCAUACACACGGGUCCUGGAGUUAACCAUGAAGAAAACACUGACUUAGGCACCUGGAGACACACACUUUGUACAGAUGGACAAAAGCCCUAGAACCAUGCGUCUCGAGGUCUGGGAAGGGUGACUACUGCUUCCUCCUAUGUAAGUUUCAGCCAGAAAGGAGACUGCUGAGGUUCUGAUCUACUUCUAAAACAUGAAGGAAAAGUGAGGUGGAAGGGGAGGGCAGGAGAGAGAGCUUUCAAGGUCAUAUUUCAAACACCCAACCACGCUUUACUGGGCCAUCGUUAGCUUUCCGAGUAGACACUGAAAUUCUGUCAGGAGAAUUCCCUCACAAUUUAUUUUCUGGUUUAUGAGCCUUUGGUUGGGAGGAAAAAGGGCAUUAAUUUGAAAUUUCAUGUUAUUCACACCAGGAUCAUUUGUUACAGCAUGAAGGUUUUAUUCACCCAUAAAAGUAUUAGAGGCGGUGUUUCUCUGGUGCCCAGAAGCCUGUCCACAGGCGCAGGGGCACCUGGGGAGACCUGACCCUGCCAGGGAAGGGUGCUCUCUCCUCUUGGUGGCCAGGAUCUGUGUGGGGUUGUGGGAGCCACGGGUGGAGACUGGCCUCUUGCAGGCACAAGUGCCUCAUUCUGAUAUGCUAAUCCCUUGGUUUAAUUUGUGCCUUAUGCCUUCAUGGGGCUCACUGAAAUCAGUGUGUUUAUUUCACCUGUGAUUCUUCUUUUUCCCUUUCUCACUUUAACUGAAAGAGAAUUUUGUAUGUUGUGGACAUGUAAUCAUUUCAUGUUUUCAGUAUCAAUUGGUGUUUUUGUUAAAUGAAUAAUUUGUUCAUGCAUGCUCUACUUUGAUAUUAGAACCUGUGUCACACGUUUAAUAAAUGCCAUAUAUUUUGUUCUA